GCCCUUUUAACAAAAACAGACCCACUGAGGAGCUGUCCUGACAUUAACCAAUGAGAAGCCCCAUUGUGCCUCCGCUCCGCCCACCUCCUGUUUCGGUCAAAUGCCUUGGUCAGUUGCUCUCAGCGCCGGAGGCACCAGGUCGCCUAGUUGCAACGCUCGCUGACGGCAUGGCCCUGAGAGGCAUCUCCGUGCGGCUGCUGAGCCGCGGGCCCGCGCUGCGCAUCCUGCGCACGUGGGGCUCUGCGGCGGCGCAGACCGCCUCCCGUCCCGCGUUUGACUGGCGGGAUCCGCUGGUGCUGGAGGAGCAGCUGACGGCAGAUGAGAUCCUCAUCAGAGACACCUUCCGCAACUACUGCCAGGAGCGACUCAUGCCUCGCAUCCUGCUGGCCAAUCGCAAUGAAGUUUUUCAUCGGGAGAUUGUCUCUGAGAUGGGGGAGCUGGGUGUGCUGGGACCCACCAUCAAAGGUUAUGGCUGCGCUGGGGUCUCAUCCGUGGCCUAUGGGCUCCUGACCCGAGAGCUGGAACGGGUGGACAGUGGCUACCGGUCCAUGAUGAGUGUCCAGUCCUCCCUUGUCAUGCACCCCAUCUACGCCUACGGCAGUGAGGAACAGCGGCAGAAGUACCUGCCUCGGCUGGCCAAGGGGGAGCUUCUGGGCUGUUUUGGGCUCACAGAGCCCAACCACGGGAGUGACCCUGGAAGCAUGGAGACCAGAGCCCACCAUAAUCCAUCAAGCAAGAGCUACACCCUCAGUGGCACCAAGACCUGGAUCACCAACUCACCUGUGGCUGACCUGUUUAUAGUGUGGGCCCGGUGUGAUGAUAACUGUAUCCGGGGCUUUCUGUUGGAGAAAGGGAUGCCAGGCCUCUCGGCCCCCAGGAUCGAGGGCAAGUUCUCCCUGCGGGCCUCAGCCACAGGCAUGAUCAUUAUGGACAGUGUGGAGGUGCCAGAGGAGAACGUGUUGCCCAAUGCGUCCAGCCUGGCGGGUCCGUUUGGCUGCCUCAACACCGCUCGGUAUGGCAUCACGUGGGGAGUGCUGGGAGCCGCUGAAUUUUGUUUGCACACAGCCCGGCAAUAUACCCUGGACAGGAUCCAGUUUGGCGUUCCCUUGGCCAGGAACCAGCUGAUCCAGAAGAAGCUGGCGGAUAUGCUCACUGAGAUCACGUUGGGCCUCCACGCAUGCCUGCAGCUCGGCCGCUUGAAGGAUCAGGACAAGGCCACUCCGGAAAUGGUCUCCCUACUCAAGAGGAAUAACUGUGGGAAAGCCUUGGAUAUUGCCCGCCAAGCACGAGACAUUCUAGGGGGGAAUGGGAUUUCUGAUGAGUACCAUGUGAUUCGGCAUGCCAUGAACCUGGAGGCUGUGAACACCUAUGAAGGUACACAUGACAUUCACGCUCUGAUCCUUGGAAGAGCAAUCACGGGAAUUCAGGCGUUCACAGUUGGCAAGUGAACUCACUUCACAGGGGGUUCCAGAUGCUCCAAAGCUCCUUCCUAGAGAGAUGCUUGGCUGGACCCUGGGACCACCAUCAGGAGGUGGACAGACCCAACUAUUUUUGGUGAGAAGAGAGAGACACUGACUUUUAAAUAUGGAAGUUUCCCACAGGAGCACAUUAAGAUGUGCUCCUUCAAAAGAAGAUUGGAGGCAGGCUGGCAGAGUGGCUAGAGCGGCAGAGUGCCUGCUUAGCAAGGGUGAGGCCCUGAGUUCAAAUGCCAAUACUGCCCCCUCCAAGAAAGACUAAAAGAAGAUGGGAUUCUUUGGCAUUUUUAAAUCCACUUCUAACUAACUUGAUGAGAUCAGCCUCCAUUUACCUUAACACAGAAGGUUCCUGGCUGGGGAGCAGAGAGAGGGAGGGAGAGGGACACUGAAGCACUUCAGCAAGACUGCCCUGGAGUGGGCAAACAGACCCCUGAGAGGGUAUAUCUGAACCCACCGUGUGCCUUGCCUCCCAUCCCUGAAGCUGUGCCUUAUUUACACUGGAGCAGUUGGAGGGGGAAGAAAUAAAGAACCUGCGCCUCCAACCCCAUGGUGUUGGGCCACAUUUACUGAUCACCACUGAGAAGUGGCUUCUGGAG